AUGGCGCUAGCUGCGCAGCAUUUGUGCACCGCCGCCGUCAGUGUCAGCCAGUUUGCCGUGGCAUACGGAGCUCCAUCGCAGUCUUUAACACUGGUAGCAUGCCGCGACAGCGUGGACGUGAACCGCCGGCCGCCGCCCGUGGUGUCGUGGUGGCUGGACGGUGUCGAAGUGAACCGGACGCCGCCGCAGCCGCCUGUGACGUCGGGCAGCGGGCAGCCGACCGCCGGCUACCCGGAGAGCGUCAGCCACGUGAUCAGGCUGCCGCCGCUGGGCCGCCGCUACCUGCACAGCGAGCUCACGUGCAGGGCCUCCAACCACCCGGAUGUCCUACUCUCCACCAGCGUCGUCAUCGACAUGCUACUGUCGCCGCUGGUGACGCAGCUGCUUGGGGAGAACCGUCCGCUGAGCGCGGGCAGGCAGUACGAGGUGUCCUGCCAGACGGUGGGCUCGCGGCCGCCGGCCAAUGUCACCUGGUGGCGCGACACACUGCUGCUAGAGGGCGCCCGAGACACUACGAGCGCGGACGGCAACGUGACGACGAGUACCCUGUCACUGUCGCCUGUGGCUGACGACUCUGGACGGCAACUGUGCUGCAGGGCUGCCAACAUCCUACUUCCGCCGCCAGAGGUCGGCGAGCAGCUGCACGACUGCCGCACGCUGCACGUCCGCUACAGUCCCAUCGUGGACCUGGAGCUGGGCAGCAACAUCAACGGCAGCGCCAUCCGCGAGGGCGUCGACGUCUACUUCGAGUGCAACGUUCGCGCCAACCCGUGGAUCCAUAAAGUCGUCUGGAGGCACAACGGUCGCCAGCUGCACAGCAACCCGAGCGCCGGCACGCUGCUGAGCAACCAGACGCUGGUGCUGCAGGCGGUCAAGCGGCAGCGAUCCGGUCUCUACACGUGCGUAGCGAGCAACUCGGAGGGCGACACCGAGAGCAACGCCUUCAACCUCGACGUCAAGUACGCCCCGGAGUGCGUGCACGGGCAGCAGCGCGUGUGGGGGGCGGCGCGCCGCGAGACGGUGUCGGUGCCGUGCCAGGUGGAGGCGCAGCCGGCGGCCACGCUCUUCCGCUGGGCCUUCAACAGCAGCGCGGGCGGGCCCAGCUCGACGCCGGCCGCCGUCACCACGCAGCCGGGCCGCAGCGUCGCCACGCACACGCCGCUCAGCGAGCGCGACUACGGCACGCUGCUCUGCUGGGCGCGCAACGAACUCGGCACCCAGCUGCACCCCUGCGUCUUCCUCGUCGUUCCAGCAGGGAAGCCGGACCCGCCCCGCGACUGCCGCGUGUCCUCGCGCUCCACGACGUCGCUGCAGGUGUCCUGCACGCGGGGCUCGGACGGCGGCCUGCCGCCGCAGCACUUCACCCUGGAGCUGCUGGCCGGCCGCGGCGGCCGCCUGGUGGCCAACGUCACCAGCCGCGCCUCCCCAGAGUUCACCGUCGCUGGACUCGAACCCGGCACCACCUACCACCUCCGCGUCUACUCCAGCAACGGCAAGGGCCGCAGCGACGCCGCGGCUGAGCUCAACGUCACCACCCUCCGGGCUUCGCAGCAACACCGGAGGAUCGAUGCUGGUGAGAACGACAAUCAAACCCCCUAG